AUGAAGCUAGUGCCUGGUUUUGCUGCUGCAGCAGAAGAGGAGACAAAGCUGCUGCUGCAGCUUGCUGCUCUCCGCAGCACAGACAACGCAGAGCAGCAGCUGCUGGGAACAAAAAUAAAUGAUUCUUUUGAUAGAUUAAAAGCAAGACAGAAGCAGCUGCUGCUCACGCUGCAGCAGACCCUGCGGGACCUUGCUGCUGCUGCAGCAGAAGCAGCAGCGCAGCAGGAGAGAGCUAAGGUCUUCGGUGAUGCAGCAGCAAACGCCCUGGAAGGCAUCAACGCCAUCAAGCCUGUCUUGGCUCAGGCCAGACAAGAAGCGCUCCAAGCAUAA